CGUUGCCAUCUAACCAAACGAAUCGUAUGAGUACAUGGCGGGUGGGGGAUUACGAGGCGACGUCUACAGUGGUGCAAUUGGCCAUCCAGCGAAUGGGCGGCUCUGCCAUCUCGGCGACGCAAGUGGACCACGUGACUCAGUACUUGGCACAGCAGAAUUGGUUUACCACGGCCGCCGACUUACGAGUUGCUCUGCACAACCCUACGCAAUGGAAUUCGUUGGAUAUUCCCGGGCGAUUGAAGCUAGCGUUGGAAGAAAUUUUACACGAAUGGGACCCUCCGGAAGAACAAGUCCACGACGAGUGUCCUGCUGGCUAUACCGUUCAAAUACCAAGUCCAUCCAUAUUGGCGGAACGUUCAACGGGCGACAGACAUGCCGACGAUGAUGGCAGGUGGGUGUGCAUCCGAUGCAGCUGGGAAAACCAGUACCAGGACUCGUUUUGCGUCGUGUGCUUUGAGCACUACUCCGUGUCGGUGGUGCUGCAAGCCCCCGUAGCCCCAUCUGCCCCCGACUUCGACUCGAUCGUGUGUGCCAUGCCAGUGGCAGAAGAGAUAAACGUCCACCCCGACGUUUACUUACCCCCUUAUCCCCCUUUAAACGCCCCUUCGCUGCUGCCCCGUCCUCCACUGACCAUUGAAACACGUGCCGUGCCAGCCCCACUCGUGAAUGAAAUGUCGCAACAUUUCAAGGCCCUCGCAUUCAACAAACCCCCGUCGCCCAAAUCCAAACCCACUCGAAACGACGACGAUGAAGGCGACUGUCGUAGGAGUCCUCAAUCUGUGACACGGAUCUAACGAAGCCAACGGACAAAAUACCCUAUGCAUGAUCAACCAGAUGGCCUAAACGGAAGGCAACAAUUUAUAAUUGGAUAAGAUUUACAUCAACGGACCUUAACCCCCUUACUACACCA